GGAAGUCACAGGCGAGCGGGGAUUCCCCGAGGGAAGUUCCCAGCUAGUUGUAAAACAUGUAAAAAUGUACAUUUGUGCGAAACACUUCAUUUCCUCCCCUUUAACGUGAACAUUGAGAUGUAGAGCAGGACCGAGAGCGCGCCAUGACUUCAAAACGAUAGAUAAAUGUAGGUGUUUUGACCAGUUUUCGGACGAAGGACCCAUGACAGCUGCGUCCGUGAUGUUACUGAAGGCUGCGGCAUGGACCGAAACAUUGGUGAUCCGCUGAACAAAGCCUACGAAGCCUACCGAAACAUCUCAAUUGAGAAUGAAAAUGCCAAAAGGCAACUACAGGAGAAGACAGAGCAGUUUCACCAGUAUACACAGCAGCUGGAGAAAAAGAUAGAAGACCAAGAGCAGGAGAUAUCAGCACUCAAAGCACAAUUAAAUUCAAUAAAGUGUGCUUCAGGGGAAGUGAAAUGUUGUGAGACUGCACACCGAAAACAGGAAACAGAAAGGUUGUCACCUAGUAUUCAGUGGCCUAGCAACUCCUCCACUUCCCACAGGACUAACUAUAUCCUGAAUGAAUCCCUGGAGUUUACAUCGAUGCGUGCACAUCCUGUACCUGGAAUUAGUGGCAUGAAGAUUGAGGAUGUUCUAGACACGCUUCAGGAUAUCCAGGGGACUUUCCAGAGGAUUCAGACUCUUGCAAGACGGCAGAAAGAUCACCUGAAAAGAAUACACAAAGGAAAUGAUACUGCCAGUGUUUCAGCAGAGAAACAGUUCUCCAUGCCCAUCCAGUGCACGGACGACACCGUCGAACAAGUUGAAGAGCCCUUCUCUCCUCCUUUAAGGCCAGAGGUCGAUGAGGGCUUGAUCUCAGGUGCACUAGCCUCGCGAGGUGCCAGCCCAGAGGACGGUGACUUUAUGGACGUUGUUAAGUUCCCGCCACCCACAGAUAGUGAAUAUGAAUUUCUGCAUAGUGCUCCAGACAGAGGUUUGCCAAUUCCAGAACCCAGGAAAGACCUGUCAGAGCCCAUUUCCACGGUGUUGGAGGAGUCCUACUCCUCAUUCCCUGUCUCUACUCCAGCAUCACACCUGCUGCCUGCAUCCGCAUCACACGAAGGAGUCCGGGGACCACAACAGCCUCUGUGGAGCCCUGAACUGAUCCCUGCUAUUGCAUCGGAAACAUCAAGCAUGGGGUCUGCUCAUUGUACUUUUUGCAAGGCUACUGUUCCCAGUGACCUCAUGUACAGCCACCUCAAUUCACACUUCCAGGACAAAGAAGGUGAUUGACAGAGCCAGAACCAGGAGCUGCUUACAAGCCGAUGUCUUGGCUUAUUCAUGGCUUUGUUGCCUGUCCUCUAUGCACAAUGAGCUCGGCACACGGCGGCCACAGUGGCUUUUCAUUCGGAGCAUGGUGGGAGGGGAGGUCUCCAUGCUCAUUUAUUUAAAUUGUAAGAACUUGAACGGUACGAUUUGUGGUAUUAACAACUCAAUUAAUCAGUCUGGUUUUGAUGUGUGGGACUUUUGAAUGCGUUGUCUGUGUGUCUGUGUAAUAAAGAAAUGCUUCCAUUUUAUAA